GGUCUCACUCCCAGGCGGCCCCGCGGCCCCGCCCGCGCCCUCCGAGGGACCGGACUUCUGGGAGCGCCCCGCGGGCCUUGGCGGAGGCGCGGGCGCCCACUGGCCGGCGCGAUCGCAGGGGCGGGGCCGCAUCUUAAAGGGCCGGAGCGGAGGCAGCCCGUCCCUGGCCCAUGGAGCCCACGCAAGACUACCCACUGUUCGGGGGCGCCUUCUCCGCCACGCUCCCCCCCGGGGCCAUUGACGUGAGCGACCUCCGACCGGUCCCGGACAACCAGGAAGUUUUCUGCCACCGCGUGACGGACCAGAGCCUGAUCGUGGAGCUUCUGGAGCUGCAGGCCCACGUGCGGGGAGAGGAGGCCGCGCGGUACCACUUUGAGGACGUUGGUGGGGUGCAGGGCGCCAGGACUGUUCAAGUGGAGGCUGUGCAGCCCCUCCUCUUGGAGAACCUGGGCCUGAGGGGCUGCUGUGAAGAAGCCUGGGUCCUCUCGGGCAAGCAGCAGGUGGCUAAAGAGAACCAGCAGGUAGCGAAGGACGUGACCCUGCACCAGGCCUUGCUGAGGCUGACUCCGUACCAGACUGAUCUCCUGCUCACCUUCAAUCAGCCCCCCCCUGACAACAGGUCAUCUCUUGACCCUGAAAAUCUGUCACUUCCACCCUGGAGCCUGGGUGACUUCGAACAGCUGGUGACCAGUCUGACUCUCCAUGAUCCCAACAUCUUUGGUCCCCAGUAAAGAUGCUGAAAUGCUACAUGAUGCCGCUGAAGACUUGGGGACCCCAUUCUGCAAGGGGAACAAAGGGUGGGAUAUAUUCCCCAAAUUCCUUCCCUGUGGAUAAACAUAAGACACCUCUCUGCAGAAAUAAACUUGCUUUAUAACCAA